UGACACAUUGAGGAAAAGUUCGGUGUUUGAAAUGGAGUGUAAAACAAAUAUUACGGAUUUGCCAAUAGAAAUACUCGAUAUUAUAUUUAAAUGUUGUGGAGAUAUGACGGACAAACUCCAUUUGGCCCAAGCUCAUCCGUUUUUGGCCCAGGCCUUUGCCUAUCAUUGUCGGAAUUUAUACAACCACAUCUCAGAAAAUGAAAAAAAAAGAUUGUGCUAUUGGCGGCUUACUCUGCCAGGCUGUGGACCGAAUAUAAAAAAAAUUAAAAAAAAUUUUCGACAUAGUUCUGAUGAGGGGUUUAUCAACUUGGUUGCAUUACACUGCUCAAAAUUGGAAAAAGUUAAGCUCGUCUUCGAGACGGACAAUGUGGAUUGUGUGAAAUCUUUAAUAUGCCAGAGACAGAAUACUCUGAGGGCUAUUAAUCUUACACUGAAGUUAAAAUCAAAAUCUCCAGAAAUGAAUAUUAAGAUGCUUCAUGAGCUUCCAGAAUUGCCCUUGCUGGAAAAGCUUAAGAUUUUGAACAUUCCCAUUGAGAACUAUUAUCACAUACACAAAUUUAAAAAUUUGGUAAAGCUUGAAAUUCGGUGCUGGAGUUUAACGAAACAUGUUAUUGAUGUUUUUGCACUCUGUGCACCUCUAAAGAAACUGCAGAUUCUGGCCUUGCAGGGCGUGAGAAUUAUUGCCUCUGAAGAAACUAAAAUCCACCUGCCAGUAUUACAAUUGAAGAAGCUAAGCAUUAUUUGUGCGCAAUUUAACAGUCACGCUGAAGUUCAACGAUUGAUUUUGAGCCAAGGAAAGAGCCUGGAAAGCUUACUCUACGAUUGUGAACUAGUAACAUAUAGAAAUGAAGAUUUUCUAGAGGUUAUUCGAACGUGCCGAAACCUGCGAUUCUUCGAGCUGCCAAGCCGAGGUGUCGUCUUCGACCUAGAGUUUGUUGAGGAAAUCGUUGAUAUCCUAAGGCAAAACGGGGUCACACAGGAUAAUCCUUUUUUACUUGGGGCAAGCAAUUAUCACAGAUAUACAGAAUUAGAAAAAUGGCUCAAAUGUUCAACGAGUCCCAAGUUAAUAAAGCCUGACUGCUUUCCGUCCCGAUAUAAUUAAGCCUGAACUCUUUCAUCUUUUCUUAAGAUGAAUUAUU